AUUCGUCAUCUGCAUGCAAAACUACAUCUGUGUAGGAAAUUUAAAACAAUCCAUUGAAAUUUGAAAAAUCUUCAAGUGGUGGGAAGACAGCAAAAAAAAACCUAGCCUCCGUUCUACUUAUUUUGUCAUCUCACUGCGCAUAAGUCAAAGUGGAUCUCCUUGGGAUUCGAACCCAUAACAGCAAGGCAUGUAACUGAGCACCGCAAAGCAAGACUAUCACCGGACGUCUUUUGAUUGGCUGAUUUACUGUUUCUUUUAUCCAAUCAAAACAAUGCGAGAGUGAAAAGGAAAGAAAAGGAAAGUGAAGCUGCGAUAAUUUCAAAUUUCGAACUCGGGUCACGUUGUGUUUACAUAAAACACCGACUAAACUUUUCGUGUUUUCAAGUAUGGCUCUGGAGUGUCAAAGCUUAAUUUGUUGGGUGUCCGUGCAAGAGAUAUCAGCCCUUGGUAAUGUUGUAAAAAGUGUACAAUACAAAAAUACAACACUGUCUCUCGGACGUGAUGAAUACAAUGAGAUUAUUCUGAAGUUGUUUGCUGGCAAACGAGAUUUAACCUACAUGUUGCGUAAUAUCCAAGUACAUAAGAAGUUUUUUAAAGAUGGCAAAGCCACCAUUAAGGUAUUAGACCAAAAUCUUCAGCUGAUGCUAUCUAACUGCCCUCCAGAUAAACUUGUUCUCUUCCUUAAGACAAUGAUGACUAAAUUAGAAUGCAAGAAAAAAAGUGGUUUCAUAAGCAAUCGAGAAAAAAUGAAGACUGGUCUUAAAAGAUCUUUUGAGGAAAUCAGUCCAUUGACCCUAAAAGAUUUGAAAUUUGCAAAAGGUCUCCCUAUUAAUGACACUGACAAAUGUUUAGAUUCAACGCCAAAAUCAAAGAGGAAACAUUGUGAAAGAGACAAAGAAAACCAACCACAGAUGAAGCAGCAUAGAGAGAUUCAGCUUUCCCAGCCAAGAAUAUUACAGCCUUUUAAAUUAACCAAAGAACAAAGGAAGGUUCUAGAUAUUGUUACUUGUGGGGAGAAUGUGUUCUUUACUGGUAGUGCUGGAACUGGUAAAUCUUUUCUUCUUCGUAGAAUUAUUGGUGCCCUGCCCCCUGAUCACACGUUUGCCACAGCAAGCACAGGUGUAGCUGCCUGCUAUAUAGGUGGAAUUACUCUCCAUGCCUUUGCUGGAAUUGGUUCUGGAAAUGGUCCAUUGGAACAAUGUGUGCAACUAGCAAACAGACCGUCGGUCAAACAGAACUGGAUGAAAUGUCAUCAUUUGAUAAUUGAUGAAGUAUCCAUGGUACACAGAGAUUACUUUGAUAAAUUAGAAGCAGUGGCUCGGUUAAUCCGCAGAAAUGACAAACCGUUUGGUGGCAUCCAAGUCAUAGUCAGUGGAGAUUUCUUGCAGUUGCCUCCAGUUACCAAAAAAUCUGAUAAAAAGAAAUUUUGCUUCCAGUCACCUGCCUGGCGGAAAUGUAUCAACAUUAAUCUAGAACUGACAGAAAUCAAGCGACAAGAUGAUCCAAAAUUCAUUGACAUUCUUCAGAAUAUCAGGAAAGGAAUGUGCCCUAAGUAUAUCAAUGAUGCUCUUCAGAACACAGUGAAUUCUCACAGCCAGCAAAAUGGUAUUGAAGCCACUCGGCUGUGUACCCAUAAAGAUGAUGUCAACUACAUCAAUUUGAAUCAACUUGCUAAGCUGAAAGGAGAUUGCCGGGUGUUUACAGCAACGUGUAACAGUGAAUAUGUAUCUGAAGGUGACCACUGUCCAGUGGAGCCAAAACUGAAGCUUAAAAUUGGAACACAGGUGAUGUUGACAAAGAACUUGGAUCUCCAACGAGGUCUUGUGAAUGGUGCAAGAGGUGUAGUGUGUAGCUUUGAUAAAGGAAGUGAAGGAUGGCCCCAUGUAAAAUUCCUGUCUGGAACAGUGGAAUGUAUUAGACCAUUACGAUGGGUUAUCAAGUCCAGUUCAGUAGUGACUGUAUGGAAGCAACUACCUCUAAAACUAGCCUGGGCUAUUUCUAUACAUAAAAGUCAGGGUAUGACACUUGAUUUUGUGGAAAUUUCCUUGUCGCGGGUCUUUGAAGCUGGUCAAGCAUACGUUGCCCUGUCUCGAGCUAAAUCAUUGAAAGGUUUACGAGUUCUCGACUUUGAUCAUUCAUGUGUUCGUGCUGAUCCUGAUGUCUUAAAUUUUUACAACCGUUUAAAGAUCUUCCACCCAACUGAACAAACGUCUUUAGACAAUUUCAGUUAGGAAACAUUUCAAUUAAUUUAAACUCACUCAGGAAAACUUUUUAAUUAAUCAAAAAUUUAUUUAUUUAAACAUUUUAAAUUCUUUUGUUAUGCUUCAUUUUUCUCUCUUUUUUCUGAAGUGUCUAUGGUUUAACACAAACUCCACAGAUGUUUCAUUUCUAAAUUAUGCAUCCUGUCUAUUUACUAUCAUCAUCACAGAUACAGACAAGUGUAUUGACUGAAAAGUUACAUCAUUAUAGUCUAAUUCUUUUAUAGCAAAUGGCCAAUAACCUGUACUUUUAGCAGAAGUAUAGAUGUCAAAGAUGGCUGUGUGGUUAAGAAGCUCACUUCAUAACUAUGUGGAUUGAGGUUCAAUUUCACCUUGGGCAAGUGUCUUCUAUAGUGUCAAGAAGGCAUGAAUUAACAUCACUACCUGACUUUUAAUAGCUCCUUCUGUUGCAAGCACUCAAGCCUGGUGUUCAACUUUAUCACUGCCUUGCAUCUUUCAAUUUGAGUAACUUUGGUGCAGGAAACUUAAAAAUACAACAAUGAGUAUGUGUAUAAGUGAAAGAAUUUAUAUUUAUUAGCAGAACCUAUGAAUAUUUCAUGGAAUUAAUGGUAAACCUAUUGGGUUAUUUCUGAAAACUUUA